UUUGGCAUCGCUGCCUUUGCUUUGGCUGAUUCAUCUUGAUUAUUUUCAAUUUAAGGACACGUGCAGUAAUUUCUUUAGCUCGAAAGGGACAAUUUUACCGGUUUUCAAUCAAACCUAACCUAACUUUUAUCUAAGAAUUUCAACAUGACUGAAGUAGAUACUAAAGCAGCUUCCAUCGAAGAAUCUGGCAAAACAGAUGAUGUUUCUGCGACCGCCAAUGUAGAAGAAGCUGCUUCUGUCGGAACUGAGGAUGAUGUUGCUCAUAUUAGCACAGAUGAUGAAAAAUCAACAGCAAAUAAUGAAGCUUCAGAAAAUGUUUCCAAAUUGGAAGCGUCCAUUAUUCGUCAGUUGGAGUACUACUUUGGCGAUGCGAAUUUGUCCCGAGAUAAAUUCUUACUUGAACAAAUCAUGAAAGAUGACGGUUGGGUUUCGCUGGAUGUAUUGCUGACAUUCAAGCGUUUGAAGUCGCUUUCUGAAGAUAAAAAAGUGAUAGUAGAUGCGAUUGAAAAGUCGGAUGAGGGACUUAUUGAGAUUAGCGAAGAUCGCUCUAAGCUAAGACGUCAUCCGGAAAGGCCAAUACCAGAACAAAAUGAGGCAACCAGGAAAGAAAUUUACUCGCGCACAGUGUAUGUAAAAGGAUUCGCUUCUGAGGAUGGCACUCAGAUGGACGAACUUAUUGAGUUCUUCGAACCAUUUCCAAAGGUUGCUAAUAUUGUGAUGCGCAAGUAUCAUGACAAGGCAACGAAGAAAUAUUUAUUCAAGGGUAGUGUUUUUGUAACUUUUGCUACAAAGGAACAGUGCGCUGAUUUCCUCAGCAAAGAAAAAAUAGUGUAUAAAGGGAAAGACCUGAUUUGCAAAAUGCAAGAUGAUUAUUUUGAGGAAAAGAAAACAGAGCGAAGAAAAAAAGAUAAAAAGAAGCAAGAAGAAAAGCUGGACAUUUCGCAUCUUCCAAAAGGAGCUUGUGUUCAUUUGGAUGGUUUCGGAAAGGAAACUAGUCGGGAGAUAAUAAAAGAGACAAUUUUAAAGUUGGACGAAGCCCUGGAAGUCGCAUUCAUUGAUUAUCAGAAAACUGAUAGUAAUGGUGUCGUAAGGUUCGCAGCUGAAGGUAAUGGAAAAAAGUUUUUGGAAAAAUUGACGGACAGCAAGAUCAAAAUCAACGAAGAAGACAUUACUGCGCGUUUGCUAGAAGGCGAUGAAGAGACCGAAUUUUUACGGAAGGUUGUGAAGGAUCAACAAGCUCGGCGGCAGGCCAAUAAUGCGCGCAAUAAAGGUCGCCAGCAAAAGGGUGGCAAACACAACAGAAACAGUAGUAACAGUAAUGGUAAAAAGCGAAGAAACGAAGAGGAGGUCGCCGAUGACGAACCAGCCAGCAAGAAAUCUGCGAACGAAGUCGAUGCCUAAUUUUUCCUAUUAUGACCUAGACUGUAAGGUUUUGUAUUCUGAAUAUGGCAAUUAGGAUUUAACGAGAACGAUUUAAAAUAGAUUGUCCAAAAUUAUUUUGGAUAUGUUGUAUAAUUUAAA